AUGGCCGAUGAAAAUGAGGUCAGGCGCAAGCGGAUCGGCGUCUACACAAAGACCGUGGUCCGGAGCUCGGCAUGCCGGUGGGUACUACGUGUUCGCAUACGAAACUCACGUUGCAAUGAUGUUGUGUUCGUCGGAGAAGACUUCGUCCGUGUCAAACAAGUCGGCGAGAGAGGCCAUUUACACGAUGUUGCUACCAAGACCGAUUUCGAUGCGCACAUUCGAGCAGCGGCCGUGUUCGAUCACAAAGAAGACGACUUCCUUGCGAAAGUCAAGGUUGAAGCAGGCUCAAGUCAGCCGAGCGCGGACGAGGUUGCUCCUCAGUCAUUGGUCUUGACGUUGGACUCGCAUGACCUGGUCUUCGUUUACUUGGAAACAGAUCAUGAUGGCAGCUUCCGAUUCGUCCAGCAGACAUGUCCAAUGCCAUGCUUUGAUCGGGUCUUAUUCCAACCUGGAGAACAUCUUGCCGUCGACCCAUCCUCCCGCGCAGUCGCAGUCGCAGCGAACGAAGCCCAACUUAUUGUAUACGUCGCAAAACCCAAAAAACAGAUCCAAAGCGAACUGCAAUCCCGGUCACCAACAUGGAUACCGGUGUCGGCUCAGCGGCCUAUGCAGGUCACAGGCGUAAUACAAACUAUGGAGUUCCUUGUUCCUCCCGACGAUGACGAGGACCACGUCGUACUACUACUGGUGGUCAUCGAAAAACGCCAAACGAAAGCCGUUCGCAUUGACUGGUACCACUCUGUCGGACCGGCGCAUGCGCAGAUCCACCCUGGACAACCGCUUGACUCUGCUCGAAACGUGCCUAAUCUGCUCGUGCCUUUAAGAGAAGCCUCCUUCCUUCUCGUCACGGGCAAUAAAAUUGUGAAAUGGGCAAACAUUCUCUCGGGUCAUGCCACAGACCAGAUAGUGGAAGACAUCGACGAAUCUUCAAAUUAUCCCGGAAUUUCUGGCCAAGCUCCACUGUGGGUCAGCUGGGCCAAACCUCCUCGAACCCGAUCUGCGACUCGAAUCAAGGACCAUGUCUACCUGGUGCGGGAAGAUGGGCUGCUCGUCCUGCUGACUAUCGGAGGGCCGGCAGCGAGCACGGUUGUGAGCCAAGCAGGCAACUUCGCAUGUCACGUGGGCUCUGCAUUUGCGUCUCUCGGAGACGAGGGAGAUCCUGAUAUUCUUGCUGUCGCCGGCGAGACGAGCUCGGGAUUGCUAGUCUCUAUGGGAGUAUGGCCUUCCUACCGUUCUAUCAGGGAGAUGACCCGUGUGGAGGCUACUUCGAUGAACGAGAUUGACGUUUUGCCAAAUUGGGCGUCUGUCACCGAUAUGAUCGGCUCGGGCGCGCUACACUCCAGCAAGAGUCUGGACAAGGCAGGUGAUACGAGUCUGGUCACUUCCGGGCGCCAGCCGUAUGGCACGAUCACAGAGCUUCGGCGCGGCGUAAGAGCACAUCUGUUGGCGUCCUUGGAGCUUGAGGGCUUGCGCAAUGUGACCGACUUUUGGACAAUUCCUAACGGCUUGGGUGGCAUUCUGGUGGUGCUGUCCAGUCCCAUGUCGACCAGACUCGUGUCCAUGCCAGCCGAUCCAGACUCUGAGGAUAUCAAUGAAGUCAGCGAGCAGACAGCAUUCGACUGGCGGCAGCGUACGUUGACGGCAGGAUUUACGUUGAACGGGCGAUUGAUACAGGUCACGAGCAAGACUAUCUGUGCAACUCCAACCAUCAUCGCAAAUUUUGAAGACACAUUGAGGACAACUCUGGACGAUGAUGUCGAGAUCACCGCGACAACAAUCAUCGAGGAGCUCUCUGUCGUCGUGGCCGCAGAGAAAAGCGAAGAUGCUUGCAGCAUCGUAUGCUACUCAAUUCCGCCGGCCGACAGCGACGAAGAAAUUUGCCAAGUGGUCACUGUACCGCUCGGCGGCGUACCGCUAUGUCUUGCCGCAGUUUCUGUCGCCAACGACAUUUUGAUUGUUGCGUCGACUCAGGAUCGCCAGGUUGCCGUUAUAUUCUUGAAACAGAGCGAAGGCAAACCACGUCUUUUUGCUACCGCAGUGCCCUCAUUGGUUGAUCCCUCGGCUGUAUGCGAUCACAUUGCGAUUUUGAAGGCUCCUGCGAAUCAUGACGACUCCAACGACAUGCUGGCAGUAUGCGGUUUUCGGGACGGCAAGAUCACCGUCUUCAACAUCGACAUUGAUUCGAGGGAGCUUCUUAAUGAUGGGCAUGUCAUUGACUUCGGCAACAGCACCGUCAAACUUAUGCCUUCCAAGACUGAUCAAUCCUCGGCAGUGGCCAUGAGCGGUGCAAGCACAUGUCUACUCUCCUGGAACGGCCAAGGUCCGCAGUCUCUUUCGAUUGAGAACAUCUGGAUCACUGAUACAAACCGAUCGGAGUUCGCACAAGGAUCCAUAUCUGCUUGCGCUCAGAUGCCGGAGUCAAUUCAUCUGUCAGACGUUACGGAAGUCUCGAUGGCAGAUGCUUUGGUGAUGAUAUCCGGCGACGACAUACUUGUGGCGAGCACCACGGAUCAAAAUAUCAGCACAAUCCCACGUCAGAUGAAUGUGAGCGGAACGCCGAACCGCUUGAUCUACUCUAAAGACUUGCGAUGUCUUGUUUGCGCCUCGUUGCGGGCGGAAGUUAGAAUGCUACCAUCGGACAAGCCUCGAGCUCCUCCUGAGGAGAAGCGACAGCUGUUUCCCACGAUCGACUUUAUCCCAAUGCAGGAUAAAAUUCCGACAUACCGGCACGACUUGCAGCCUGGUGAGAGGAUAUACGUACUCCUUGAGUGGACGAUUCGUCAACAAAGCGACGGCAAGAAGCAUACCUUUAUUCUGGUAGGCGGCCAAUAUGUCUCCAGCAGUGGCAAAUACCGAGGCCGGAUCACGUUUCUCCAACCCGUCAGCCGCAACUGGGAAGUGAAAGAAGUCCGCGAAAUGAGCAACAAGAUAUUCGGCGACCCAGUCUACAGCAUCUGCAUGUACGACUCAAAAACCUACGUCGCCUGCUCUGGCAACAGUGUCUUCCUCUACCAACUCUCCGACAGAAUGAGUUGGGAUCAACGCUGUCCGGCCUAUCGUCUCAACAGUCCAGGCGUGCACAUUACUGUCGAAACGGACACCUCGCAACGUCGCAUCAUCGUCGUUUCCACGGUACAGGACUCCCUCGUUACCCUCCACCUCACACCUACCGGUCUCGUUCCGAUAUCCAUGGGCCCCGUCGCCCAGAACUCCCUAUCGCACUACACACUCCCUCCGAACUCACCACUCUACACAACGCACAUCGACACCAUCGACCACCUAACCCUCCUCACGACAAAAACAAGCCAACUCCUCGGCCUCGCCGCUCCCAAAACAACCACCACUCCGAACCGAAACUACACCUCCCUACAAACCCUCUUCUCUGCUCCCCUUCCUAAAUCCCUGACCCGCCUCGUUCCAUCCAGCGUACCGACGCACCGCGGUCCCUCUCCAGCAGGAGUCAUCCACCCAAAACUCGCCGGCUGCGCGACCGACGGCUCCCUCUUUGGCAUCCUCCUCAUCGACGAACACCUCUGGCGUCGACUCACGUGGUUACAAAAACUCAUCUCCUGGAGCGAGGAUCUCUCGCCGCAUUCAUACCUUUCUCCGACGUAUACGACUGAUGCGGAGGAGGAGGGAGAGAUGGACUAUGUGCCGCGGGUGCUGCCGAUUGGGCUACAGAACUACGGUGGUAAUGGCGGUGGUGAGGCUGAUGAAGUGGUAAUGCACGCUAGUACAACGCGGGAAGAGGAUAUGCAUGUUGAUGGUGAUGUGCUGGGUCGGGUGUUGCGGAAAGGAGGAGUGGAGGCUGUGAGGAAGGUUCUCGAGGAUGUGAGUGUGAAGGAAGAUGCGGUCGGUGGAUGGGUCAGGACGAAUUUGGAGCGCGAGAUGGAGAAUCUGGAGGAAGUCGUCGAGUUUGUCAGGAAGUUGCAGGGAUGGGUUGUGUGA